AUGGCACUUAGUUGGUGCUUCGCAUGCCGCAGUCGCCCCAUUACCCCCCUUUCUUUUCUCUCUCCCCGCCGGAACUCUAGCCCUAGGCGAAGAACCCUCCACCUCCAUUCCCACCCACCGCCGCCAAUCACUUCCCCUUCCCUCCACGAAGAUUUCACCUGGGACGAUGUCGUCAACUUACCCCUAACUCCUCCCGAUCUCCGCGGCUUCUUCGAGAAAGUGGCCAUAUGCAACCGCGACUGCGGCAAGCUGAAAUCCGAAUUCAUCCCGUUCACCGUCGACGGCAACUUCGUCGGCCACAUCCACCGUGAAUUCGCCGGGAAGUACCUCCGGCCUCACAAAGACGUGUUCACGUUCCUGGAGAAGGAGCGCGUGGAGCUACAUCCAGAUCUGGCCACGCCGGACCGCAGGACAGAAGCCGUCGGCCACGUCAUAAAGCGGCUGUGCGAGGAGGAAGACGAGCUCAUCCCCGGAAUACGGAACGAGAUGUACCCGGUGAAAUCCUCGUUCGGGUCGCCGGAGACCUUUUUCUUGCUGGAGCGGGCAGCUGCUCCUUAUUUUGGUAUAAGGGCCUACGGUGUGCACAUGAACGGCUAUGUCGAGGGAGUAGACAAGGACAUGAAGAAGCAUCUGUGGAUUGGAAAGAGAAGCAGUUCAAAAUCGACCUACCCGGGGAGGCUCGACCAUCUGGUGGCGGGAGGCCUGCCUGACGGGCUGUCGUGCGAGGCGAAUAUCGUCAAGGAAUGUGAGGAGGAAGCCGGAAUUCCAAGAUCCAUUUCAAGCGGGGCAAAACCAGUGGGGGCCGUGUCGUAUGUGGACAUCGACGGGUACAGAGUGAAGAGGGAUGUUCUGUUUUGUUACGAUUUGAAGGUUCCGGAAGGGUUUGUGCCGGUGAAUGAGGAUGGGGAGGUGGAGAGCUUUAGGAUGAUUGAGGUUGAGCGUGUGGCAGAUAUUGUGAGGGCUACCGGUUUCUUCAAGGAUAACUGUAACCUGGUCAUCAUUGAUUUCCUGUUCCGGCAUGGCUAUAUUAGGCCCGAGGAGCCCGGGUAUCUGGAGCUGCUGCGGAGCUUGAGGAACGGGGAUUGUACCUAA